AUGCACUUCCAUACCGCAUUGCUCAGUGGGCUAGCUAUCCUCCCAGUGGCUCUAGCUUCCUGGCCUUUUCUCAAAACUGAACAGAUAUCGGCAGUCACCUACCCCAAUGAGCAGCCCGAUGUGACAGUCGAGACCCUAUUUCAAUUUCCCAACAAUGGCUCAUGGAUCGGCAACAUGGUCCUUCGACCAGAUGGCAACAUUCUUUUGACGCGUCUGGACACCCCUGAAGUUUGGCACGUCGACACCACGACCGGAAAGGCGGCUCUCGCCCACUCAUUCGCCGGCUUCACUAGCACCUUCGGAAUCAGUGAAAUCGAAGACGAUGUCUUCGCAGUUGUGGUGGGCAAUUUCUCAAUCACAACCUAUCAACCAGGUGCAGGCUCAUUCGGGGUCUAUAAAUUGGACUUCAACAAGAUUGAUGCUAAGGAGAAGAUGCCAACGGCCUCGGAAAUCGUCGCAAUCCCAGAGGCUCUGGCAUUGAAUGGCAUGGCUACUUUCUCAAGGGAGUCCAACUUGGUUCUCAUUGCUGAUAGUCCCAAGGGAGUGGUGUGGAAAGUUGAUACCAAGACAGGAGACUAUUCUGUCGCACUGGAAGAUACUACAAUGGCUCCUGCGGAGGGACAGGCCCUUCCCCUUGGGGUCAAUGGCCUGACGGUGCUUGGUAACUAUGUCUACUAUACGAGCACGACACGAAUGCUGUACUGCAAAGUCAAAGUGGAUAAGGAUGCCAACCCAGUUGGAAAUUUCGAGGUUAUUGCUAGCGGAUUCUUACCGGAUAACGUUGAGCUGACCGAAGAUGGUACUGCAUACGUUCCGACGGAUCCCCAGAACUCCGUUGUGCGCAUUACUCCAUCCGGACAGAUCUCUCUCGUUGCAGGUGGCCAAGUAUCCACGGAGAUACCAGGUCCAAGUUCUGCCCGAUUGAGUGAAGACGGACAAAUACUGUAUGUUGGCACCACUGGUGGCCAAAUUGCGCCUGUUAUGGGCACAUUCAUUGAGCCCGCAAAGGUUCUGAAGAUCACAUUGGAGGGAUAA